AUGUUCCAGCCCCGGGUCAUGUCUAGUGUCCAGGCCACCCUUGGACCGUCACAAGCCGCCUCGACCAUAUCUCCCUGUGCAUGCGAUGGUGAGGCGGGCUCUGGAUCAGACGGACAUGCGCCUAGCCGCUCGCCAACUGCUUUCGUCCAAGCCAAUCCACAAGCUCUUGGAGGCGCGUCGCCAACGUGCAAAUUCGUAGAGGCUGAUGGCGCUGCUACUCCCAUGAAGCGUAGGAAGGAUAGCAGAGCUGGACGCAUCCCAUCGAUCAUCGCCAAGUUGGAGAAAACCGGUAGCCCAGAGACUCUCGUACGCCUAUGGGACAGCUGCAGGGCAUCGAGGGCUCGCGAUCAGAGUAUUGUUAGUGGGAGGCGACAGGUCCUGCCUGGCGAACCGGAAGGUGACUUGGAUGGCCCGUCUGUGCUGGAACGACUUGAUUCCCUCAGAGAGCAGGCGGCUGCAGCUAGUUCAAGCAUUCACUUUUCCAUUGCUAUCAAG